GAGAGAGAGAGAGAGAGAAAGAGAGAGAGAGAACUUCUCUUUGUCUGAUUCUUCUACCUCUCCCCUCCUCCCACCUCGGCCUUUUUUUUUUCAUCUUCUUCUUCUUCUUCUUCUUCUUCUUCUUCUUCUUCUUCUUCUUCUUCUUCGUGUUCUUCUUCUUCUUCUCCUUGGCACCGGUGGCCAUGACGGGGGGCCGUGCUGAAGGGGAUGGUCGGCGACCAGCAACUGCAGCGGAGAAGAUGAAAGGACCUGUACAGCCGUCUUGCGACACGCCUGGACCGAGUACGCAGAGGACGAAGUCGACGGUGAGCAGUGCCAGUGCUAGUGGGAAGGAGCCUACACCAGGAACCGACCCAGACUUGUUCGAGGGCCGGGGUGAGGCGGAACAUGCCAAACUGCGGUUGAAGAACACUGUUUGGAAGUGGUGUGAGCAGGGGCAGGAGGUUGCUACUUCCAAAGGGCGAGGGGAGUACUGGGUCAGGUGCAGGUUGUGCGGCACAAUCUUCAGGGGAUCGGCCAGCAAGGCUGUCGAACAUUUUCUGAAGGUGAUGAAGCCGUGCGCAAUGCGGACCGGGGAGAUAGUUCACACUUUGGUCGCUGCCGGCGCGAAGGUCCACGCGAAUGACAAGAACACGAAGUACUUGCUGAAGAAUUACAAAGGAAGUGGUGCUGAAUCAGAAGUGCUUCGGGAGGAUGGCCCUGCCGGAGGAGAAGGCUGUGAUGACCCCCAGACAAAUGAGCCCCGACCGCCGGUUGUUGCUGGCCGGUCUGUCGCCGACAGUGUGAACCUGGCUGCUGCCGCGCUCGGCCAGGCGAGGGGAGGGGAUGGUGCAGUGGUGGGUGGACUUAGUGAUGAAGGUCAAGGGUCGACAGCACGAGUGGUCGCCAGCCGAGAGACCACUGUACGGCGGUGGGUGGACAACGAGGCGCAAAAAAGAUUGGACAUCGCAUGGGCGGAGGCCAUGUUCAGGGCUGGGAUCGCAUUCAAUUUCCUGAAUAUGGACACGACGCAAGCGUUACAUGCUGUGUACUUGGAGGUGGUGAGCGCGAGGCUGAAGGUGAAGCUGCCGUCGUUCAAUCACAUGAGGACAGUCAUGGUGGAUGUCAUCUAUCUGAAGAUCCAGAAAGAGGUGCUUUCGUUGACAAAAUGUUGGGACACGUUCGGAUGCACUUUCAUCAGUGACGGCUCAACCGACCGCAGGAAUCGGCCAGUGAUGAACUUCUUGGCGGCCGGUGUGAGGGAGAUAGGCUUGGAGCGCAUCAACGCCAUCUGCACCGACGACGCGGAGGUGAACAAGAAGGCGGCCCAAAUCCUGGAAAGACGCAAGGACAAGGAUGUGGCCAGGAUUCCUUGGGUUCCUUGCGGGGCACACUGUUGCAGUCUCCUGCUGAAGGACUUGGCCAACCUGUCGUGGAUCAAGGGCACCGUGAAGACUGCGAACACGAUCGUGAAGUUCAUCAGGAAUCAUCAUGCCACCAACGGAUUGAUGAUGUCCAUUGAUGACACAAAGUCCCUGCUUCGUCCCACUGAGGUCCGCUUUGGAUCCGUGUACAUGAUGCUGCAACGCUUGGAGGACAGAGAGGAUGUCUUGACAGUGAUGGUCGACGGGAGAGAGGCUGCAAAGUGGAGAUCAUUGAGAUGGUCAGGGGAAAAGUUGCGCAAAAAGGUAGACCUUGUCUACUACACUGUCAGGUCUGAGUCUUCGUGGCCAGAGGUGAAGAGGAUGGACGCGGAAGGCACCUCUCCAACAAAUCUUGUGGAGUACGACGAGCUCAUCGCUAGGAAGCUGACAAAUGUUGUGCUCACAAAGAAGGAGCGGGAGGAUGUGAUGGAGAAGGUGCGGGACCGCAUGCAGAUGAUGAGGCAGCCGGUCCAUGCAGCUGCAUUCCUUCUCGACCCCCAGCGGAGAAAUCCACGUUGGCUCUUCGAUCAGGACAAUGCGCUGGUGCAGAAUGCAAUGAGCUUUUUGUUGAGGCAGGUCGGGGGCGAGUGGAACAGCCAGGCACAUUCAAACAUCUGGGCGGAGCUGAUGGAGUUCCACAAGGAGCGCACGAGGCAAGCGCCCAGUAACUUGGAGCCCGGGAAAGCCCCCAAGAAGCGCAAGGAUGAGCACAUGUGGAAAAGGGUUGCGAAGGACGGCGCUUCAAGGUUGGCCCCGGCGGACUGGUGGGCAGCACACGGCGGGGACGUUCCGGACCUUCAGAAAAUUGCAGUGAAGGUCAUGGGCAUGUGGAGCACUGCCACCCUUGCCGAGCGCAACUGGGCGUCCAUGGACUUCGUCCACUCCAAGAGACGGAACAGCCUGUCCCCGGAGUCCCUCGAGAAGUUAGUCUACAUUCAUUGGAACAUGCAGUUGCUGCGUGCUCGAAGCCACAAAGACAGCGGGUAUGUUGAUGUGUGGGGUUCCUACUUUGAGCCGUUGAUGGAGCCAGAGAAGAAUGAUGGAUCCCUGUUGCCGGCGACUGUUGAGGAUGCCGUAGAGAAAGAAGAGGAGGAGAGGAGGCAAAGGAAUAUGGCGAAGGCUCCAAGAGGGAGAAUUCCCAAGGACCUUUUUCAAUCAGACUCAGACUCCAGAGGCAGCAGCAACCUCGAGGACCUCGUGUGGAAGGGCAAGUGUUGGAACGAGUCCUCAUCGGAGGACUGCAGCAAGGAGGAGGGAGGGGACUCUGACUUCGAGCUUCAUGAGGCUCCAACUGUCCCGGCGACCACAUAUGUCGGCAGGCGUAGGCGGCAACGCGAGAGAGAGUUUGAGGUGGAGCCGAUGCCUGUUGUCGAUAGGGUGGACACGGAUGUCGAGUUUCUGUUGCACCCCCACGACGAUCUGGACGAGGAGGAGGCUGCACGUGCGAAGGCAAUGGCAGACCGGGAUGCAGACCUUGUGGAGCAGCGAAUGCGUGCAGAGGAGGCCCGUCGUGCUGCACUCCCUACUCGCAGGGAGAGGGAGAGAAACGCUGCGCAACAAAACAAUCACACCGAUGAACCGGCGAACGAGGUGGACAUGGAGGACGGGGAGAACAUUGCAACACACAAAAAAGAGAAUGUGGCACAACAGCGUGGGGAGGAAGGACAACCGGCGGAUGAAUCACGAGCGCAGCAGGGGAUGGGGGUUACCGAGCCAGCGAUGGAGAGGACCCGGCAACAGCAGGAGGCGGCUUCGGAGGCAGGGAAAGAGCAGCCAGUGCGGGGUUUGGUUUACGUGCGCAGGCCCCGCCCACAUCAGGACCAGGAAACGGGAGCGGAGGAACAAAAAAACAGCGAGCAGGCCGCAAUGAGUGACCACCCGGAGGACCGCCCGGAGCAGCAGCAGGCUGCUGAGGAAAUGGGCACACCCGCGUUCCCUGCACAGAACGAGGCUGUGCAGCAUGACAACUUGUGGAAGAGCAGAGCAGGCAGGAAGCGGAAGGUCCACGUGGAGGAUUCCGGAACAGCGCCCCGAUGCGGCCUCGGAAGACCCCCAAAGAAAAAAACAGCUGGAAAAUCCCCUAAACGCGACGGACGGCGCAAGACACAGCCUCGCAAGAAGGUCGUCGUUAGUGACGAUGACCCAGAUACCGAUGGCAGUGGCCCGCACUCCGAUGACGAGUGCAGCCCAUGCGAGUCUGAUUGACGACGCUGAGAGAGAGAGAGAGAGAGAGAGAGAGAGAGAGAGAGAGAGAGAGAGAGAGAGAGAGAGAGAGAGAGAGAGAGAGAGAGAGUCCAGAUUUUGUGACACAGAACGAUGAUCUACAAACAAGUUCAGAGUCUUCAGACUCCAGACUUUGUCGUCUUUUACUUUUGGUUUCACUAUUUUCUUUUUCUUCUUGUUCUGCAUCGUGUUUGUCUUCCUCUUCUUUUUCUUCUUCUGCAGGUACGCUUCUGUCAACAUUUGCAGAAACUGCCAGAAAGCCAGAUACGUUGUUGCCAACGCCC